UAAGCGUUGGCUGUGUGCGACUCCAGAUUAGGUUGUGAUACUUCAGUACUUGAGAGAGUCUGCUGAGGUUUUCUUUUCCUUUGAUCAGAAAAGAAAAGAGAGGAGGAUGGCACCGGCACGCAUGUUCCUCGGCGGUGGCAGUCGCAUUUUACGCCUUGUCUCCCUCCCCUCUCAGCACCGCCCAGUUACUUUCCUCUCUCGGCAGAUUAGCAUGGAGGCACAAAGUGUUGCAGAUCAACUUAAUAGUUCCGGAUUUUUACGAACUCAAGGCCUUAUCGGGGGGAAAUGGAUUGAUGCAUAUGAUGGGAAAACUUUAAAGGUCCAUAAUCCUGCUAAUGGUGAAGUUAUAGCGAAUGUCUCAUGCAUGGGUGUGAGGGAGACAAAUGAUGCAAUUGCUUCAGCUUACGCUGCAUUCAAAUCUUGGAGCAAACUUACUGCUGCUGAAAGGAGCAAAUGCCUACGGAAAUGGUAUGACUUAAUAGUUGCACAUAAAGAAGAGCUUGGCCAACUUAUAACAUUAGAACAAGGAAAACCUCUAAAAGAAGCUAUUGGUGAGGUUAGCUACAGUGCCAGUUUUAUUGAAUUCUUUGCAGAGGAGGCUAAACGUGUGUACGGUGAUAUAAUCCCAGCCACACUAUCUGAUCGUCGGUUGUUUGUUUUAAAGCAGCCUGUAGGUGUUGUUGGUACAAUUACCCCCUGGAAUUUUCCCCUGGCAAUGAUUACUCGAAAGGUUGGUCCUGCCCUUGCUUGUGGCUGUACUGUUGUUAUAAAACCCUCUGAACUUACACCCUUGACUGCUCUUGCUGCAGCUGAGCUCUCCCUUCAAGCUGGAAUACCACCGGGUGCUGUGAAUGUAGUCAUGGGGAAUGCUUCUGAAAUUGGGGAUGCUUUGAUUGCAAGUCCACAGGUAAGGAAGAUCACAUUCACUGGUUCAACAGCUGUUGGAAAGAAAUUGAUGGCAGGUGCUGCUGGGACUGUUAAAAAGGUAUCUCUGGAACUUGGUGGCAAUGCACCUUGCAUAAUCUUUGAUGACGCAGACCUGGAUGUGGCAAUUAAAGGAACCUUAGCAACAAAGUUCCGUAAUAGUGGACAAACAUGUGUCUGUGCAAAUAGAAUAAUUGUGCAAGAAGGUAUUUAUGAUAAAUUUGCAGAUGCCUUUUCCAAUAUUGUCCAGAAAAUGCAAGUUGGUAAUGGUUUUCAUGAAGGUGUGUCUCAGGGUCCACUAAUUAAUGAAGCUGCAGUGCAGAAGGUUGAAUCAUUUCUGCAAGAUGCUAAGUUAAAGGGGGCAAAAGUCCUUUUGGGGGGAAAGAGACAUAGCCUUGGAAUGACUUUUUAUGAGCCUACAAUAAUAACUGAUGUCAAAAGUGAGAUGCUCAUAUCAAGGGAGGAAGUAUUUGGACCUGUUGCACCCCUUCUGCGAUUUAAAACUGAGGAGGAAGCUAUAAACAUUGCUAAUGACACGAAUGCAGGAUUAGCUGCUUAUGUAUUCACGUCAAACAUGCAACGUUCUUGGCGCAUCUCCGAGGCUCUUGAAUAUGGCAUUGUAGGAGUCAAUGAAGGACUGGUUUCAACAGAGGUAGCUCCAUUUGGAGGCUUUAAGCAGUCUGGCCUCGGACGGGAAGGUUCCAAGUAUGGGAUGGAUGAAUAUUUGGAAAUUAAGUACGUGUGUUUGGGAAAUAUGAACAGUAAUUGACGUUUGAGUGCAGGUUGUUGAGGUAGCUUGGGGGAACAGCACUACCUCUCAAGGCUCGUAUAAGACAAGUUUCUGUAGGUAUAUAAAUAAGUGUCAAUUUGCACUGUAUGUAAGAUACAACAGCUGUUACAUGAUUUUGUGUUGCAAACCUUCACUUUUUGUCAUCUUGUUCUGUUUUGAAAAAGUUUUUACUGCAUUCUUUCCUAUUUUCUUUGGUGGGUGGUAUGGUUGGUUGUUUGUUUUAACUGAAUAGUGUUUCAAAAUGAGUGUUUCUGGCAUGAUACUGGCUGAUUCUAGCAGAAUGGAAACAAAUGCCAAUAGUUAUGGUCUA